UUUAAAAGCUACGGUUGGUUAAAAGAUCAUGGAUUUGAAAGGUUAGUAGAAGUUACAUUGACUAUAUAGUGAAAGUAGAAUAAUUUAACAUUGUUUUAGAAAUGUUUCUUUAGAAAUUAAAACAAUAGGAGGUGUAUCUUGGGUUACAAGUACCUGUAGUAUAAACUUGAACGGUCGUUGCCAGCGUAGCGAGUAUAACAAUAACAUAAGAAAGCUACGAAUCGAGAGGAAUUCAACUGCCUGAAAAAUAUACAAGCAAAACUUCGUCGUUUCGAACCGGACGGUCUUUCGUUGGGACGUUAGUGAACGACGAAGGGGCUUCGCUCGAAUCGUCGAAGCUUUUCUCGUAUUUUUCACAAGCGUGGGUAGUAGCGAAGUAGUUGUAGUUCGCUACUGUAGCGAACUACAAUUUUCAAGUAGCCAGUAUAGUUUUUGACUACUUUUUGAAAACAGUAGCUGUAGUUAUAGCGAACUACAUUUUGCCUAAAAGUAGCCAAGUAGUUGACUACUUUUCAAACAGCGAAUCGCUAUUCGCUACUUUUUAAAAUUGUUAGCAACUUGAUAGAAUAGCAUGAUCAUUGAGACACGGUUUGCUUAAAAUCAAUACUCAAUAGUCAAUUUGCACUCUUGAACACUGUCGUGCUUACAAAAAUGUUGCUUUGUGUUUACUGUUGCUACUCGUAAGUCGCUUUGUUAUAGGUUACAUUACAGCUUGAGUUAGUAGAUGCUCCAAAUACAGUAAAACUAAAAAAUAUAGCGUAGCGAAACAGCGAAAUAGUUCGCUACAUUUUUUAAGCAGUAGCUGUAGUCAGUAGCGAACUACCUUUAUUCAAAAGUAGCAGUAGUUGUAGCUGACUACAUAUUUUUGAAGUAGCUGUAGUUAUAGCGAAGUACAAAAAUAAAUUUUGUAGUAGCCCUUAUAAGUAGUAUACUCAGCAUUUUCUACCGAAAUCUCGAAUGUUGAGUUUCAGUGCAGGUCGUGUAGGGGUAAACAAGAUCCUUGAGGGAUCACGCAGGAUCAAACUACGUGAAAAUAUCAUAGUAACAAAAACUUCAAUGUUAUUCUGAGAGCCUUCGUUUGAAAGUCAGUGAUAACGUCCAGUCUAACUUCGACACGAAUGGCCUUCGUUUCAAAAGUUGAAGUUCUGGCUAUAUAUUUUCGGGUCGUUUGAUCCAAGAAAGGGACGUUUACACGCUGUGAUUUAUCAGCCUAUUUCAUGCAUAUGUAUGUUAUGAACUUGAAAAAUCCCCCGACCUCACUGACUGAAAAUAUUUGUUACUGACAAUCACAGUAUGUAGUACCAGCCUAGGCCUUCUAUUUUUAUUUUUAAUAUUAAGCGAGCAUUUCGCAUGAGAAGAUUGAGACCUAGGAAUCCUACUAUUCAUUUCGCUUGUGACGUCAUGCUUGCUAAAUGCUAGCCCAAAAUGGACCAAACCUGCCAAAGCCAGCUGAGACAGCCGAGUAUAGGCCUAGGUCUAGGCUAAACGUAUACCUCAAUCCCUCAAAAGAACGAGUCACAAUUGAGAAUCCCCUUAUUACGUUUUCGUACCGCUUUGCAUUGUGGUUAUAGUGGUAAACUUGAACAUCAGUGAUACCACUAUAACCACAAUGCAAAGCGCCACGAAAACGUAAUAAGGAAAUGCAAAGCGCUACAAAGUAGAAAUUGCAGUAUUGAUAAAAUAAAUCUUUAUUAUUUAUAUCAUUUAAUCUAGGCAAAUCACUUACUUUAUUGGCUGCCACGCUACUGCUAUGUCGUCAUGCUGUCGUCAUCACCACGGCAACCAGUAUGACUUACCAAAGACUAGAAUCGCAAACGAGAACCACAAUUGGUGCCGUGGAUAAAACCAAGAUUGCUUUGGUAAGAAUCGUCUGGUUUAUACACAGAGACAAAUCAUCUGCCUCACUCAUUAUCAGUCUCAGCGGAAACAAAAGACAAAUUAUCCAGACGGAACUGCCAUCGUGGCAAAAAGUAUUGUGGAAAUAGAUGAAAAUACACGCCUUGCCCUAUCACAUUCUUGCAAAAACAGCAUUAAUAAUUCAAUUUAUUUUUUUGAUAGAUUACUCAGUACUCGAUCAACGAAAGUAACAUAACAGAAAAAAUGACUAAAUGGUAUUUUGGCGUUUCUGAUUGCUGGAACUACAGUAUGACAGUAAGUUCAAGUCUGGCCAUUGUGAAUAAGAUCAAUUUGGUGUAGGAUAAAUUUUCACUCGGCUAACAUUUUGUCUUGGUCUCAUGUUAACUAGCUUGCGCCCAUGAUAUCGUUCAACCGGGAUGGAUUUACUGGGGUUGCGGGGGUGUGCACCCCCUAGCCCUGGUCAGAGGGGGUGCAGGGGGUGCAUUCAUGUCAACUGCACGUAGCCUAUACUAUGGUGAUAAAUGGAUCUUAUUCGAUUGCCUGACUAUACUUACAAUUUCGACAAAUUACUUUUUCAGGAAGAUGAACGAUUGACCGACAACUACAUACGUUUGAAAAUCUUCAAACAUCAAUCCAUGAAUAUUUCCAGAAAUGUUGUUGUCCCGGGGCUUGGCAAUCUGCAGCGAGCUGUAAGAUUAAUGGUAAGAAUCAUUAGCGUUUACUCGUAGCUAUUUCAUUGCUCAUUAGUUAAGCCCAGAUCUAGCGAGGAUCAAAGUUGGCAGUCACACGCCCUUGGUUAGCUGUUCUUAAUGCUUUCCCAACACUAUCAUGUAUUUUAUUUAAGGUUACAGAACACCUUUGAGUGUUAAUUUUGCCUAAAUUUUGUUAAUUUUCGCACGAAAAAUUUUACGGUAAUUACUGAUUUUCAAACGAGUUGUGCUCCUGCGGGUUUUAACCAAUUUUUCUCAAAUUUUCACAGGACAUAGCUAAAGACGUCAGUUUCAAAAUUGUGUUCGGCUUUUUUUUAAUUUUGGAUAUUUUAAUAAUAAAGAGCAAUUGACUCAAACAAUUCAGAAAUAUAUUGCAGUCGUCAAAGAAAUCGCCAUAUCAGCGGAAUGACGAAAUAAACAAAAAAUUCCGAACACAAUUUUUUAAUUAGAACAACUAUUUUACUGUAUAAAAAUGAUAUUUUCAUAAAUAUAACUUAAAACCAGCAGGAGCACAACUCAAAAGCGUAAAGGUACCGCGAUUUAAGAUUUUCCUGAAUAAUUCUUACAUUAUUUUAUUGUUUGUUAAUUUUACAACUAGCUUUACCAUAUUUUGCAUACACUGGAGAACAUUUGGUGAAAAUUUGAUGAAAAUCGGACUGAUAUUGAGCGCGCAGUAGCGACUUUCCGCAAAACGCCAAAAAGGGUGUCCUGCAACCUUAAAGGGAUAUGCCAAUAUAAAUCAAGUUUGUCUUAUUUGAAAGAUGUAAAAUGAUAUAUAAACUUCCUUUACAAUUUUUCCAUAUCUUGCUUGGUUUCCGAAAUAAAUCGACUUAUUUUGAUCAAAAGCAGCGUGCAUUCCACCAUUUUGGAUAUGCAUUCGAUAUGCAUACGUCACAAGUAGGGUAAAAAGCGAAAUUUUUAUCUUGCAAACCACAUGUCAUUAUCAAAAUGAAACUCGAUUUUCCGAAGUCUUUUUAUAGUACUCAAUUAACUCACAACAUUUUAAGAAACAUUUCGAAGAAAUUUAGUCCCACAUGAAGUAGUCUUAACAAGUUUACCCUGCUUGUGACGUCAUCAAAUACUCAGUUAAUUAGGUAAGACCAUGGAUAAUAAAAUAAAUGGAUAGGAAACUACCUGACGUGACCUAAUGUUUUCAAUGAUUGGAUGUUGAAACCUACUUGCAAACCAAAUUCUCAAAAACGGCCUGUUUAGCAAUAAUACAGCUAAACAUUUUAGUCAAAGAGCAGAUGAAUAUAACUACGCCAUUCUACGAUGAAAUCUCUAAGUAUUCCCAGUCAAUUUUAGCAAAUAUUUCAAGCACUAAACAGUGAAAAAGGCAUCCCAAAUUUCGUUAAAAAAUUGGGGACGCCAAUUUCGUAGCUACAAAUGUAAAAAAAUACAAAACAAAGACGAAAAACAUUUACCUUGAAUACUUUGUCGUGGCUUAGGUUUAUGCUUCAAUAUUGCUCUUUUAAGGCGGAAAAUAUAGCGAAACAACAAAAAUGCAGAGAACUUUGCAAUACGCGUGAACUUUGCAAUACGCGUGACAGAUUGCAACUAGGUUGUUUUUGCUUACGUCAGCGAGAGUCCUAUCCAUUUAUUUUAUUAUCCAUGGUAAGACUGUACACUGUUUUUGGUCAAAAUAUUCCGAAAGCCAAGCAAGAUACGAAAAAGUUGUAAAGGGUCUUCAUAUAUAAGUUUAAAUGUUCUUUCAAAUAAGACAAAGUUAAUUUUUAUUGCCAUAUCCCUUUAAGUUAAAACAUAGUUGGAACAUUCAUCAAACCUUUAUUUUGUUAAUCUAGAGCUUGAAAUGUCCCCUGUAACAAUGUGUGACUGCCAUGACUCUCUGCAUGCAUCAACUCUCAUCCUGGUUUGACCAGAGUUUUAGGGAGUUUAAGCUUCACGUUUCCGCGGGAACGGCAAACGGCAGGUUCGAACUUUCUUGGCAAAAUUUUCGUUGAAGGUUUUCGUUUCAUAUUUUCUUUCUUGUGUCGAAAGAACAAUCGUGCAUUGCAGUUUUAAGACAGCAAGUUUAUUGGUGUCUGAUAUCGUAAAAUGUUUCUUCGCCUGCCGUUUGCCGCUUGAUGUAUAUAACGCGAAACUUAAACUCUCUAAUUUCUCUGAUGGUUAGUUAAGCUUGGCAUAGUCCAGAUUUAUACGACUUACCAUCCACACAAGACGAACUGUCCAGACAAACUAGUUCGACCAAAGUCGUCUGUAAGUAGGCUAUGGUCCUAGUGGGAAAAUUGGAAAAAAACAUGUCUGAUAUUUUCCAGUCUGAGCUAUUGAAAGGUCUGUGGCAGUGUAGGUGGGGCGAAUAGAGAAUACCCGUCCAUUUUGCAAGCUAUCUUGUUAUCAUGAUACGAUGAUACGAAGUGAAAUUAAGUGACGUAAUUAUUAUAAAUGCGUGUUAUUUAAUAACACUGGCAAGGUAUAUUUUCAGUGAUACGAUGAUGUGGAUUCUGAAGAACGACGAAUACAAUAUAUUUACAUUAAAAUUUGUUUAAUAGAUAAAGACCGUCUUUAGAGUGAAUUAUACGUAAUUAUGUUCACUUCGUAUCAUCGUAUCACUCAAAAAAUAUAGCUUGCCCAGUUUCAAUAAAUAACGGGAAUUUAUAAUAAUUACGUUUUUUAAUUUCACUUCGUAUCAUCGUAUAUCACUGAAAAAAUACCUCGCCCAGUCCUAAUACAUGACGCAGCUUAGAUUCCCACCGUAGCCAGGUAUAUUUUUCAGGCCUGCCCGGUGUGGAUAUACACUCAGAAUAACAUCACAAGCAUCUUAUUCAACUGAGUACAUUACACCAACACAAGAAAAUUAUCAUGAUUACUAGAUUACAUAGAUAUCGAAGGAACUAGACUCAGUUCCAAAAUAUCACAUACUCGAACCGAACUGACCGCAGCUCAGUUGGCAGAGCAUUGGGCUGGUAUUCCAAAGGUCGUAGGUUCGAUUCCCACGGCCGUGGCCAGGCAUAUUUUUCAAGCUUGCCCGGUGUGGAUAUACACUCAGAGUAACAUCACAAGCAUCAUAUUCACCUGAGUACACAACACCAACACAGGAAAAAUCAUUUUUCAGGUAGUCGAAUCCCUAUCAAUCCGAAGCUUUCUAAUUGAAAACUAAUUCCAUAUUUCCCUUACCACAGAGAAAGAAACUUGGCUAUCCACGCGUGAACGGCAUAGUGCACCACCACCACAAGUUGCCCACAGUUCCCCCGCAGGAACAGGGUAUUCUUCAAGUCGUAUUUCUCUCCACCGUCGACAAGAAUCUCAAUCUGAUGUUGAACGACUUUCAGGAACGCAUCCCAACUAAAGCAUGAACACUUUUGCAUGCAUAGUCAAUAGUUACAUUGUAUCAAUGUCAAGAAAGUAAACUUUGUAAGUUAUAAAACAUAAAACAGCAAUAGGACAGUAAUAAAACAGUUAUGCAACAGUAUAGGAGUUAAAAUAGUUAAAAUCUACUAGAUUACUUUAUAGUACGUAAAUAGGAAGCAUGUUGAUUUAAAGUGCUGUAUGAAUUAUAUUUGAAUAAUAUACUUUACUCUAUACAAUACGUAAAAAGAAACCUUUGUUUUAGUUAUAGAACGGCAUGAAUUAUAUUUAAAUUAAACAUAUACAUGUUAUAGGAACCUUUAGUCUUUAUUAAUAAACUUUAAAACAUAACAUUUUGUGUCAGUUGUGUAUCAUACAAUAUCUUAAUUCAAGGGCGGAUUUUCAUUUAUUUAAAAGGAGGGGUAGAAAAAUUUCUGGUGAGGUGCAAGCGACACCACUCAGUGAGCUUCAGCAGGGGUUAGGCGUUUGGGGUAAAGCCUUUCACACAAAAUAGGAGGGGUGAAGCAGAAUUUUGGUGGGGUUGAACACUUUUUUAGAGGGGUUAGAGAGAUUCUGGGAGGGGUUUAACCCCACCUAACCCCCCCCCCCCCAAUAAAUCCGCCCAUGUCUUAAUUCCAGGAAGUUAAUUAAACUCUAGUGGAGUCAUUUUGAAACAAAUUUUACUCCACAUUUGGAGUUGGUUCAAAACUACUCUACUGUGAGCUAAUGAACUUCUUGAAAUGAACAGAACAUGUUACUCAAACUCAUUAAUAAUUCAAUCAUAAGCAAAACACAAAGGAAACCAGUACUGUAGCAGUAAUAAACGCAUCAAAUGAACUGGUUCGUUCGAAAAGUUAUAUCACACGCACGAAGUCGUUUACUGUAAUGAUUUUAAGGUUACAGGACACCCUUUUUGGCGUUUUGCGGAAAAUCGUUACUGCGCGCUCAAUAUCAGUCCGAUUUUCAUCAAAUUUUCACCAAAUGUUCUCCAGUGCAUGCAAAAUAUGGUAAAGUUGUAAAAUUAACAAACAAUAAAAUAAUGUUUACAAGCAUUAUUCAGGAAAAUCUUAAAUCGCGGUACCGUUACGCUUUUGAGUUGUGCUCCUGCUGGUUUUAAGUUAUAUUUAUGAAAAUAUCAUUUUUAUACAGUAAAAUAGUUGUUCUAAAAAAUUGUGUUCGGAAAUUUUUGUUUAUUUCGUCAUUCCGCUGAUAUGGCGAUUUCUUUGACGACUGCAAUAUAUUUCUGAAUUGUUUGAGUGAAUUGCUCUUUAUUUUUAAAAUAUCCAAAAUUAAAAAAAAGCCGAACACAAUUUUGAAACUGACGUAUUUAGCUAUGGCCUGUGAAAAUUUGAGAAAAAUUGGUUAAAACCCGCAGGAGCACAACUCGUUUGAAAAUCAGUAAUUACCGUAAAAUUUUUCGGGAGAAAAUUGAAUUUGAAUACUACAUUUUCAAUGUUUUUCUUAUUGUAGCGAAAUGUAUUUUACUAAAUAACUCUGCGAGUUUUAAACAUUUUUCGUUCAAACUUGGUCAGAUAGUAGAACUAGUCUAAUGCUUUCAUUGAAACCAAUAAAAACAUUUCAGGCAAACUUAACACUCAAAGGUGUUCUGUAACCUUAAAAGGAGAAUCUUUUGUAUGUCACGUAAUACGCGCUCAAAACUAACGAAUAUGCUUUUGUUACUAUAUUCAAUUUUUUACAUUUUUGAUACGUUUCUCGAGCGGCAAACAAACUUAAAAAGUAUGUUUGAUGCUUUAUCUGUAAAUUUAUGCUAAAAUGAAGAGAUUUUAGAUGGUACGUCAAAGAGAAAAUGAUGUCUGAAGUUCAGUAAGUUUUGCAUAUAUUGCUGUAUAAAUAUGGCGUCAAUUUUACAGUAUCAAUGAUAAUUGUGUUUAAAUUGACAAUUUUUUACUAUUAUUUUAUGUUUCUCAACCGCCAGAUACAUUUAAAAAGGUUGCUAACUGUGGAAACUACAAAAUAAAGCUAAAACAAAGUAAUUUUGAGAGGAACGCCAAAAAGGUUUUGAACACUUUGCAUCGCAAAUACGCGACAUUGAAAAAAAAUGCCUCUUAAGCCGUGUUUACACUACGAGCCUAAGCCUGGUCUGGGCUAGACUUGCUCCAAGUCUCUCUUUCAUUGUCAUAUAGUAUCGAUCCACUAUAGUGUACAUUACAUGACGUAGCACGGAGAGGCGGAGCGAGAAAGAGAGACUUGUCAACUUCGGAAAAUCUCGGUUCAAAACUGAACCGAAAAUGCAAGACUUGCUUUAAUUGUUUUCUGUCAGUGUUUAUAUGUAUUGAUCUAGCAUAGUGUAAAUAACACGAGUUCCAUUAUAGUAAAUAAUACAGAAAGAAAUUGAAGGAAAACAAUUAAAGCAAGUCUUGCAUUUUCGGUUCAGUUUUGAAACGAGAUUUUCCGAAGUUGACAAGUCUCUCUUUCUCGCUCCGCCUCUCCGUGCUACGUCAUGUAAUAUACACUAUAGUGGAUCGAUAUGACAAUGAAAGAGAGACUUGGAGCAAGUCUAGGUCUGGGCCUACCUUUGGACUAGAUUCAUUUGUAGUGUAAACGCACUGCGGCCUGGCCUAGGCCAGGAAAUCUGGACCACAUGUUCUGAUGGACCUAGAUUUCCUGGCCUAGGCCAGGCCGCAGUGCAUUUACACUACAAAAAUCUAGUCCAAAGCUAGGCCUAGGCCAGGCUUAGGCUCGUAGUGUAAACACGGCUUUAAACACCUCAAAUGAUGUUAAAGAACUUGGCUGUGCCUGGUUUUUCAACAAAUGUUUCAGUUCUCAAAUCAUUAUAAUAAACUUGAUAUAAACUUAUUUCACUCAUUUAAGACUAGAUAAAUUUUUACUAUAUCAUAUUAGCCUACCUAGGUUCUUCAGGCUGGUAAUACACACUUGCUAAUAUAUUCUUAUAGAGACAGCUGCAGCGAGAAGGAGAUAUAUGCAACUACUUGAAAAACAUAAACAGUACUUCGACAUUUCGGCUACUAACUUUCUGACAAAAGGAUUUCACUCAAAACGUGAAAGGUCUGUUUAUAUUUGUCAAGUAAUUGACCACUUGCGUAAUAGACUAAAUUUUGAUCUCAACAAGUCUAGACAAAAAUUUGAUCACAGCUUGAAAGAGCAUCACAAAAUUAGUAAUAUUCCAAAGUUUCGUUGCGAAAUGUUGUAAAAUGCGGAUAAUAUAGCCUUGCGAAGUUUGCCGUUUUUCAGUCAUUUUGCAUUACGCGGGGGAAAUUGACAGCCCAAUACUCUUUCGGGCUGUCAAUUUCCCGUUUGUAAUAGAAAAUGACUGAAAAACGGCAAACUUCGUAAGGCUAUAUUAUCCGCAUUUUACAACAUUUCGCAACGAAACUUUGGAAUAUUACUAAUUUUGUGAUGCUCUUUCAAGCUGUGAUGAAAUCUUUGUCUAGACUUGUUGAGAUCAAAAUUUAGUCUAUUACGCAAGAGGUCAAUUGUAUCUCGUCGUCAACGCAGAGUUUCUGUUAUUUUCUUUACCUAUACACUGACGUGAUUGUUCGAGAUAUAUUUUUAGAUAUCACAUUCUGUCUUUUAAAUAUCCUUAGAUCAGAGCUAAAGGCACAUGUUUAAUAUGUAUUUACAGUAAUAUAAAUAUUUUACCCAGAAUUUUAUAGACUAAUUAAAGAUUGCAGAGUGAGAAAAUAAUGUUCAUUCUUUUCAUUAUAUGCAGUAGUCUUGAGAGGUUUAAUUUUCUUGCUCGUCAUUUCCAUAAUUUCCAUCGAGGUUGACCACCAUCGGCAUAACACUUAACUUACUGAAAUCCAACAAUGCUUCUAAAAGCUAGACAGGGGUAGGUGCCAGGGAUACAAUAGCUACAAGCACCGUGAUAUCAUCAGGUUUCCCUCCUAUUACCUCAAUACCCUCCUGCAUCCUUGCCUGUUUUGCAAACGGCGAGAGAUAAUUAGGAUCAAAUGAUAAUGUCCUUGCUAAGUUUGCUAAGGAAUCUGCCACAGACUGAAUGGACUCGGCACUGUAGUCCUAAAUGGAACAACACAGUGGUUAGUGCAUGUGUCUUUCG